AGGCAUGUGAAGAUAUCACACAGUUCAUCGAAACCGCUCGUCCGUUACAUAUUAAAGCGGCAUAGUACUCAGUGGUCUUCAAGAACACAGCAUAGGUCUGCAACGACGUUAUACCAGAUCUUCCGUUCUUGUUGAAACUACAUGCCAGGUCCCUAUCAAAAACUUGCGACACUCUUUCAAAAAGAAAGUUCGAAAUAAAAGGAGCACCGCGUCCGCUCUAGUACUUCUACUGGUCGCACAGAAGCUUGCGGUGUUUUCUAUACCUGUGGGCGGUCUUCCUCCUAGGGGACACCACUUUGAUGUGAGAGCAGUUCUUGUACUCUUGUAGUGCCUCCAAAAUAUUUUUACACUGUAAAAAUUACAAUCCAUCGGUGCAGCUUCAUCUCCAGGUCGUGUGGUCCAAGAAAGAGAACAAGUCUUCUACACGACAGCAGAACGUCGAGAGAAAAAAAUUUCUCCCCGAACACUAACUCACGAAACGACCAUGCAGACCCCAGCGCAACAACUCCUAGUUCGCUCGUCUCUCCCGCUGCGCCCGGCCCGAGCAAGGAAGGCGCAGGUGGUUACGGCCACGUCCAGUACUGCGCACAUAGCGGCGGCGGGGACGAACAGUCACGCAUAUUGUGAGGAAAAAUCCCCCCUCCCCAUAUCAAAGCGAAAUUUCUGAUGCUGGAUUUGUGUACACAAAUCCGACACGUCUUGCUGGAGAGCACUGCUGGCCCAUACCAAGUGCGAGUAGAGAGGUUUUGGCCUAGGCGCUUAGCAUGAAAAACAUCAGCACUGUAGGCCCAACAGCAUGACAAACCGCCGGCGCAAUGCGGCGGUUGUCUGUGGAGUUGCCUUCUUAUGCAAGACAGACACGAUUUGUGGCCACAAAUCAGCACCACAAAUUUCCAAAAGUGCACCUUCUCAGUAUGGGGAGGGGGGAUUUUUCCUUCGGAUAACGCGCGGUCGUUCUUCGGAUCCACAGAACAACCGUCUGGAAGGAUAAGACGUCCACCACGGAUCGACAAGAACAUGAUGAUGAGCAUGGGUAUUGUAGUGCCUGCGACGUCGUCAACAAUGACCGCCGUGCCGCUGGUUCGACGACGAGUGACCGCGGCCGCGGUUUCCUCCACACAUUCGCUUACCGCGCGACCCCCGUCCAUCUCGUACAGUACUACUGCUACCCGCUCGUUUUCCAGUCGAACGCCGCUGCUGUUCACGCCGGGCCCUCUGACAACGAGUGUACAGGUGAAGAAUGCGCUGUUGCAAGACGUCGGCUUAUCGAUCGCAAAUAUGUCUGGGUCUGGGAAGAACUUGUAAAAAUGCGGGUUUGCGAAUUAUCGUAAAGGCACUGCAUGAAUGGUCCGCCUCGCAUGGGAAGUUUUCGGGCGCGGCUAGGUGUAGUUCUUGCGUACUUUUUUGCAUGACAACUUGCACUUUUGCAUGAUAAGGGAAAUCAAGACCUUUUAUUGGUGGACAUGCAUCACAAAGAACGAUUACGAUACGGCCAUAGCACACAAGCAUGACAAGAAAUCUCGCAACUACCUUGCAGACCCAGACCUUUUUGCAAUGCAUAGAAGUCCCGGGAUCCGUAUUUUCUGGACCAGAUGCAUGCGGUUCGGGAAAAAUUGGUGCUGGGCGCGAACACCACCACGGACACGCACUAUCAAAUGCAAAUAUCUCUGGGUCUGGAAAGGUUGGGCCUGUGUUGCGUGUCUCGCAUUUCUGAAACAGCUGUAUUGCUAUUGCAUGAGCAGCAAAUAAAGCGCCACACUUUCGUCAUGCAAGCUCGCGGUUCGUAAUGUGAACUACGGAUGAGAAAGCGCUUGGAAUAUUUGUCAUGCUCCAGUGCGACUGCACAACUUCGUUCGAGGCGCACAAACUCAUGACCAUUCGGCGUCACAAGUUUCCACACGCAGACAUGUUUACACUUGAUUUGCGCGAUUCGGUUUUGAUUCAAGGAGCGGGGACACACGCCAUCGAGUCCGUGCUCGGUAUGCAAGAGAAAAACUGUGUAAAUGUAACUCUGUAAUGCAGAACAUGCAAAGGAGUUACACCUGUCAUGUCAGACAGCCAUGAAGUCGUCUUUCCAUGUGUGUUUUCCCUCACAAGCCACGCAUGAAAGGUUUUUUCUAUCAUGUAGAGCAAAUCUGUGAUGCUGUCUCAGCCAAAGAGACUUACACUAACACAGUUUUUUUCUUGGAUACUCGGGUCGGCUUGUGUACUUAUUUCUCGGUCUCUAUUUCUUUGCUGAAAGUAAGCUGCUACACUGAUGGCUGAUGAUGAUGAUGGCGAUCAUGUGUUUUUUUUUCUCUAUGCAUGUUGAUGCUCAGUAGCUAGCUGGUAAAAAUAAAGGUCAGCAUAUUUGUGGAUUCACUUAUCUCAAUUUUUUGUUUUCGCACAAUAACCUCCAGUCCGGCCCCAACGACAAAGUGUUGAUUCUGAACAACGGCGCUUACGGGGAGAGGCAGAAGCAGAUCUGCAAGAUUCUGAAAAUCUCCUUCGAGUCCCUGGACUACAGUGACGAUGUGGCGGUGUCCGCAGCGGAUUUGGAAGCCCGUUUAGAAGCCGACGGGCACUCGUUUUCGCACGUCAGCUUUAUCCACCACGAGACAACCGCUGGCGUGCUCAAUCCGCUCACGGAGUUGUGCCAGGUGGUGGAGCGGUUUAACGCAAAGACCACGACCGGGAAACAGCUGGAAAUUAUCGUCGAUUCCAUGUCUGUAUGCAUUGCAAAUAUGUCUGGGUCUGGAAACUUCUCAUGCUGAUGUGCGAAUGAUACGCAAACUGUAUUGCGGAGCUGCGCAUGACAAGUGUCUGGGUGGCUACGUCUAGCGUUAAGCGCAUGACAAAUUGCCUUUUUGCAUGACAAACAAGUAGCGUUGUAGCGCAACAAGCAUGACAAACUCUUCCGCAUUGCUGGCCGAGCAUGACAAACUUCCAUUCUUCCAGACCCAGACGUAUUUGCAAUGCAUAGUCCGCAUUCGGCGCGUACGAAGUGGAUCUACAGAAUAUUACAGUGAAAAGUCCCCCCACCGCAGAAUUUGCAGAAGUUUCUCAUGCAAAGUUUCCAAAUGAAAGGUCUUUGUCUUGCAUGAAAGGAGCACGAGCAUUUCUGAUGCAGAAUCUAGGUGCGCAAGGGAUCUUUUGCAUAAGAGAAACGCCUGCUGUUGGGGUUCUUUGCAACACAAAUUUGAGCUAUUCAGAAUGGCAAAUUUGUGAUGCUAAUAGAUGCAAGACAGUGAGUGUUUCCAUUGGAAAGGUUUGCAAUACAAAUGCUGCCAUGUGUUGGGGCGUGGGCAUUGUUCACUGGGAUACAGAAAAAGCACAAAGCGGUAAAAUACCUGAUUUCUUCCGCCAAUAAGUGCAUCGAGGGCGUGCCGGGAUUCGCUUUUGCGAUCUACGAGAAAGAGGCUCUAGAGCGGCUUGCGGAAAGAAAGCCGAAGUCCCUCGCGCUCGACCUGUUUGCGCAGGCGAAAGGUACAAGGUUGCAUGAUAUACUACCGAUCAUGAAGUAGUACAGUAUCGGACUCGAGGACAUAUUAAGCGACAGUUUCUAUGCUGCUUUUUUAUAAAACACGGACAUAUUCAUACCACCCUGCUAUUUUAUCGCAUGACAAUAAACCUUACAGGUCUCAGCACGGGCAACCGGCAGUUCCGCUUCACGCCGCCGACGCAGGCGAUUCUAGCGUACCACCAGGCGCUUUUAGAGUGGGAGGAGGAGGGCGGUUGGAAGGGGCGGGGCGGUCGCUUAUGCACUGCAAAUAUGUCUGGGACUGGACGACGAGUGUGAUGCUGUUUCUGCAUGACACAGGAGGUCUGGCAUGCAAGUCCUAGCACCACAGGUUUUGCGCAGGUUAGGUGAUGCCUAAUAAAGUCGCAUGACAAGAAGUUCCCUCUUUUGCUGACAAGAAAUGACGAGCAACUUUUGCGGUCCAUGCAUGACAGAUUUUUUUUUGGUCGCAGAUGCGCAUCAGAAGUUUACAUGUUUCCCGACCCAGACAGAUUUGCAAUGCAUAUCGCUAUAGAGAGAACUACGACGUGAUUAUCAACGGGUUGGAGAAAGUAUCGUGUGCAAAAGUAUCGUACUCGUAUAGAUGCAAGUCUUGCAUUACAAAUCUUUAUCUCAAAGGAAAUCCGCAUUACAAAUUUUCUUUCUCAUGCUGAGGAAAUUUGUAAUGCAUUUAUACGAAUACGAUACUUUUGCAAUUCAUAGAAAGAUUUCGGGUUGGAAUUUUACGUGAAGCCGGAAUAUCGCGGUUACAUUAUCACCACAGUCCUGUCCCCGACUAUGGAACUGCCAGGAUCGAAAUUGACAAAAUCGAAAAACUUGUGAUGCAUAAAAUGCAUGCCGCGAAAUACGUGUGUUGCAGAGGAGGCAAGUGAGGCCGAUUGUAAGCCUGUUUGGGGUUAUAGCUUGAGCUGCUAAAGCAGCAUGAGAGAAUCAGUCUUCUUUGCCUAAACAGCAUUACAAACCGGAUUUAGGCACCACCAGAAUUUGUCAUGCGCCACUUAGAAACUGGGUUCGAACUGGAAUCCAUUUUAUGCAUGAUAAAUUACCAGCCAUGCUCCGGCUGCCGCCGGAGCGCAAGGCUGUUCGGCUGGGGGUGAAGGGUUUGCGGACCGGACCAUAGCGGAACAGCUCGGCGCGCAGGGGGGCCCGUGGGUUUCAGGGUCCGGCUUGCGCCAUGUCAGCCUGCAGGCCCCCCUGCGCGCUUCCUGCGCCUUUAGGCGCUAUGCGCAGGGAGCAGCUGCGAAAAGCCUUGGGGGCGAAGCGAAACAAACUAUCUGGGUCGAGGCGCCGAAACAGGAGGGGGGCCAGGCUGCGUUUCGUGUAUCACCCCCCAGCCCCAAGCCAGUUGACUCCCAGUCAGGCAGAAGAGGUUGGCGCGGGAGGGUGGCGCGAGAGGGUAGCGCGAGAGGGUGGCGCGAGAGGGUGCGCGAGAGGGCUGCGCGAGAGGGUGGAGAGGGGCUGAGCAAACCAAAUGCUUGCGCGGAUGGACUGCAAUGCCAAAUAUGGAGAACGCCAUGCGGAUUCGCGACCGCCACUUUGCGUCUUUACCCUCUCGCAGACCUCUCGCAGCCCCUCUUUUUGACCUCUUUUGGGGGUCCCCGCUAAUAGUCCGGCUAUACUCGCGGGUAGAGGGCGACAGAGGUGGCCGAGAGGUGGCCGAAAGGGUGCGCGAGAGGUUGGUCCUUAUUCGCACCACCUCCCGCAACCUCUGUCCCCCUCUCGCGCCCCCUCUUUUUGACCUCUCUGCACCCUCCGAGGCGCUUCAGCGGCCCUAAAGAGUGAACCCUUCGGCGGGCUAUACUCGCGCCACCUCUCGGCCACCCUCUCGAAUGACCUCCCGCGCCACCUCUCCACCUCUGUUGACCUCUUUUUGACCUCUUUCCACCUCUUUUUGACCUCUCGGCCACCUCUCUCCGACCCUCUGUAGACCUCUACUUUCGCAUGAAUAUAAUAGAUAGUAAUUUCGAUUUUGUCAAUUUCGAUUUUGACACUUCCAUACCGACAAACUUGCUGAAAAACAAGGAAAAGUGGGACUUUCAGUUUCUCUACGACUUUUUAGCGACCAGGGGGUUUGUCAUCUACCCCGGCAAGUUGGCGAAGGCGGACUCCUUUCGGAUCGGGACGAUUGGAAAAAUUUACCCGGAGGACUGCGAGAACUUCUUACUCGUUUUGAAGCAGGGCUUCGACAAAAUGGGCAUCACGAAACAGGAAAUUUUGGACGGCCGGGCCAGGUUGCUGGAGAGUGAUGUGAGCGGGAAGAGUGGUGGAGCAGGACCGAAUGUUGAAAUGGCUGGCCAAGCUGGAAUGAAGCAGAGCAUGUGAAGAGGAUAAUGUAGAAGUCUCUGCUUGUUGUUACGUAUCAACAUCGGCUCCUACUUGUUUUGCAAUGCAAAAUUUGUUUCCGAUG